UGGUGAGCAGGAACUCCCUCUCGCGGGGGAAACCCCUCUGUUAGUUACAUUGGCUGCAAUUGUUACAUUGUAGUCACGCGCUCCCGGGGCAACAUUCCAUUGGAACCCAGCGUUGGCGGUCGCUGCACGGGAAACCGUGGUCUUGUUGGAGCAGGAAUGAGUUCUGAAAUUGAGGAGCAGGUUUUGCUUGAGGCUGAGGAACAGUUACUUCAUCACGCUCGGAAUGGCAUCUUGGAUGAAGUCAAGCUGCUGCUGGAACGCAGGAAGGAUGAAAAACUAGCUUUCAAUAUUAACUGCAAAGGUCGGAGCAAGUCAAAUUUUGGUUGGACCCCUCUACAUCUUGCCUGCUAUUUUGGGCACAAAGAUGUCGUGGAGGAAUUAUUGAAGGCUAAUGCGGACGUAAACGUGGCCAAUGAUGUUGGUGACACCCCGCUCCAUCGAGCAGCUUUCACAGGACGGAAGGAGCUUGUUCUGCUGCUUCUGCAGUUUGAUGCUGACGCUGCUGUCAUCAACGGAGAUGGACAAACCCCGAGGGCUGUAACUCAGGACCAGGAAAUCCGAUGCAUGCUGGGAGCUGCUGAAAUAACACAACAGAGGAAAUCAGAAGAGUUGCUGUUGACUGCUACCCGAGAAGGAGAUGUGACAGGAAUAAGUGCUUUGCUGAACAAGUCGAAUCCACCCAACAUCAACUGCGUCGACAAGCUGGGGAAUACUCCGUUACACUGUGCAGCUUAUCGAGGACAGAAAGCGGCCGUAAUUAAACUUCUCAAAUGUGGCGCUGAUCCCAGUAUCGGGAACAACAACGACCAAGUGCCAUUGGAUCUGGCUCGAGGGACAGAAAUCAAACAAAUCCUCAGUGGAAAAUCAAGCAAGGGGAUGUACAAAAAGGUGCACAGAUUUGAAGGACCGCUUCUUAAGCGUAGCCGUUUUUUUGGCUGGAAUAUGGUUUGGGUAGUUUUGGAACAUGGAGUACUGUCAUGGUUUCACAAUCAGUCAGAUGCGAAAGCUGAUGUUUACCGACAAGGUUGCAAGAAUCUAACACAAGCUGUUUGUACAGUUAAAGGAGCAGAGGAAAGAGUCCUUUCAAUCAAGUGCUUUGAUGACAGUAUCUACAUCUUUAAAGUGCACCCAAAAGAUGUUCCUGCCCAAACAAGUAAAAAAUGGCUUCAAGCAAUAGAAGAACAUUCUGCCUAUAGCACUCACUACUGCUCCCCCGAUCAGUUCAGUGAUGAUGAUGAAGAUGAAAAUUUAGCUUCUGUUGAGUCUCUGCAGGAAUCAUUCCAGGUGCGUAAUCUGCGAUUAGAGCAGGAACAAGAGAAAAACAAAAUACUUUCAGAAGCUUUGCAAACUCUGGCCUGUGAACAUCAUGAACUUGAACAGUCUUUAGUCAAAGGGUCCCCACCCCAGAGUGUAUUGAGUGAUGAUGAAUUCUACGAUGCUGUUUCAGAUUCUGACUCUGUGGACUCUCUGAGUGGAUUUGAAACUGUAACGAGCCAGUCAGCAGAGGACGAGCCUUUGAGCUGUAGCAAUUGCAAGAGGUCAAGUAUGUCUGAGCAGGAAAAGCAUGGCAGUAAUCUGCCACAAGCCAAUGGCAUCGCAAAGUACAGAACAAGCUUGCCAGCUCCAAUGUUUUCCAGAAAUGAUUUUAGCAUUUGGAGUAUAUUACGUAAAUGCAUUGGAAUGGAGCUAUCUAAGAUUGCUAUGCCUGUUAUUUUUAAUGAGCCACUUAGCUUUCUGCAGAGACUUACAGAAUACAUGGAACACACAUAUCUUGUCCAUGAAGCUAUUGGCUCCCGUAAUUCAUUAGAGCGAAUGCAGUGUGUGGCAGCAUUUGCAGUUUCAGCUGUUGCAUCUCAGUGGGAAAGAACAGGAAAACCAUUUAACCCACUCCUUGGAGAGACAUAUGAAAUGAUUAGGCAGGAUCUGGGAUUCAAGCUUAUAUCUGAGCAAGUUAGUCACCAUCCUCCCAUCAGUGCCUUCCAUGCUGAAGGACUCACUCAAAACUUUGUUUUUCAUGGAUCCAUAUACCCAAAACUUAAAUUUUGGGGGAAAAGUGUGGAAGCAGAGCCAAAAGGAACUAUGACAUUGGAACUUUUAAUGCACAAUGAAGCUUACACUUGGACAAAUCCAACUUGCUGUGUCCAUAACAUUAUCGUUGGUCAGCUUUGGAUUGAACAAUAUGGAAAUGUUGAAAUAAUUAAUCACAAAACUGGGGAAAAAUGCAUUCUGAAUUUCAAGCCAUGUGGCCUUUUUGGUAAAGAGUUGCACAAAGUUGAAGGUUACAUCCAGGACAAAAGUAAGAAGAAGCUCUGUGCUGUCUAUGGAAAAUGGACAGAGUGUCUGUGGGCAAUUGACCCCAAUACAUUUGAUGCCUACAAAAAAAAUGACAAGAAAAACUCCGAGGAGAGGAAGUUGAGCAAACCACUAGUAGCUUCAGAGAAAUCAGAACCAGAUGAAAUGCCACUGCCAGACAAUUCUGAAAGUGUACAAGUUAUACCAGGGAGUCGCCUGCUUUGGAAGAUAACACCUCGACCACCAAACUCACAACAGAUGUACAAUUUCACCAGCUUUGCGAUGUCACUGAAUGAACUGGAUAAAGAAAUGGAGACUGUUAUCGCACCCACUGAUUGCCGAUUCAGACCUGACAUUAAAGCAAUGGAAAAUGGUGAUAUAGACUUAGCCAGUGAAGAAAAGAAGAGGUUGGAAGAAAAACAAAGAGCUGCUCGCAAGCAACGAGCCAAAACCGACAACGACUGGAAAAACAAGAACCAAUUGGCAGAGGGUCCCAGGUGGUUCCAUCAAGGACCCAACCCCUACACUGGUGCAUCAGACUGGCUGUACUCAGGAGGCUAUUGGGAUAGGAAUUAUCCCCACUGCAGUGAUAUUUAUUAAGUCAGAUGGGAGAAAUAGCCAGCCAGCACUUCUGACUGCUAUGUGCAAAUUUCAGGGCAUAGAUUAUUUUGUGAUGUUUUCAAAAAAAAACAGCAAAACCUCAACCAAUGUAAAUUUAUUUCUGUUUGGUCUCUUCUAAUAAGAAAGUUCUUUGAGAGCUUUCAUGUUAAAUACUGCCAAGAAUGUAUGAUAUAAGCCUCUUAAUUAGAAUAUCACUUUGAUAAACAUAUUUUUUCUCUCUUCCAUUUGUUGCACAUUUGUUGAAACCUUUUUUGGAAGUGCUCAACAAUGGAACUCUUUACCCACCUCUGGCCAUUUACUUGUAAGGCAGUAGUGGGCAUAAAACCAGGCCAUUGUAUUCCUUAAGAUGGUUGAUGGUACGGCACUAAGCUAAGCAAUUUGCACUGGAAAUAAGUGGGGAUAACACCAGCAGUUGAAUUCCUACAAAGCAUUUAUUGUACAGCACUAAGAUAAGCUAUUUCUACGUAAUCAUGCUAUCCUUAAUUUAUCUGUUUCUCAAAAAACUAAUCAUUUAUCACUGUUACAGUAUUUUAAACUAUAAGCAAGUUUUGUUUAGACCCAUUAUAGAACUCGAUAAGAAUUGUGCCUAUAACAUGACAAUUUCUAUCUAUGCUGUUUUAUAAACAGUCUUUGGCCCCAUUCAAAUCCAUAGGAAUUGCAUAAGGUAUCCAUUAGUUGAAAAUAUAUUUCUAUGCACUUUGUAUCCUUAGAGUAUAUGUUCACUUUCAAUUUCAGGUUACCACUGAGCAGAAAUAUCUCUGUCAGAAAUGUGUUUAGAAGGAGUGUUUUGACUCUUAUGCAACAUAUUUCAUCCUAUUAGUGUCAUUGGUGAUCUUAAUACCAGGUUUUUUGUUUUGUCUAUUUAAUGUGUGUCUGUGUUGCAUUUGACUUGUGUGUUUUCUUCACGUGAUUGGUUUUGUUCAGGAGUUUGAAAGCCACAGCUAGCUUUGUGAACCUUGUUUGGAAAAACUGUAUAGCUAAAAGUGUAAAGCAAAUUGUGUAAUUAUUUGUACAGUACAUCAGAGGUUUAGUUCAAGAAAUCUGGAAAUUUUUAAAAAAAUAGGUUGACUAUAUUAAAGUUGCAAUAUUUGAAGUUGUGAUCAGCUGUACUAACAGUUUACCAAUUGUGAAAAACACUUCCAUUGUAAAUACAGAAUUCUAGUCACUUAAGAUUUGUAAUUUAUCUGGCCUUUGCAAAAUUAUAUUAACUGAUUAAUUAUUAACUGUUUUCUACUCUGGGUAUGACACUUGCCGCUCUGUACCAACUGCUACUGGCAAUGGGAGUAGUUUUCUGUUCAUGUGUGUAAGCUUCAAAUGUGAAAAUACCGGAAUUCAUUAAUUAAAUUCUCGUGAAUCUUAAAUGCAUUUAAAUCAUAUUUUGCAAUUAUGAUGCAAUUUGAAAUUAUUUUGGAUUCAGUUAAACUCCUGAUUGGAUUGAAAGCACAUUUGGUAUUUCACUGUUUCCAGUCAGAAUGUCUUCAUCUCUUAAUUUCUCCAAAGCUUCAAUUUGAAAUCCUUCUCUUACAUCUUAUCUCUGCUGUUACCAAUUGUCAAUGGUGGUGUGUGUAUUGCACAGAACUUAAAAAUAAGUAUGUAUUUUGAGGUAUAUAUUGCAUAUCUUAGAAGUAAUGGAAGAGCAACACUAAGUUAGAUUUUUAAUACGGAUUUGUCAUUUAAUAAAGAAUACUGAAUGUAAUAUUGCUGCUAAAUAAAGGCUUUACAAAAUGUA